GAAAGUUCAUCAAAAUAAGGUGGGCGACAGAAAUUCGAGAUUAUCAUUUCGAUUGAGUAAGGUGGCGUUGCUGUGACUGUGUCCAACUCUUGAAUCGGAAGUGAGAACUCCCUCAAGGAACAUUGUUACAUUCUAGUCGUGUUUUUUUCGAGUAAUUUUACUAAGGAAAAUACUGUAAAGUGGUGAAAACGUGAAAACAAAUUUACUCUCGUGACAUAAUUCCAAGGAUUCUUUCGGAACCGGAAUAGUAUCUCAUUUUACGAGUUAAUCAGAUGGAAAAGCCAUCAAGACCCGUUAGGAAUCGUCGACAUAGUAGACGAGCAUGGCCUCCAGGCGAUAUACAUCGACCAGUGAAAAGAUUAUUCACACCCGAAAUCAAGCGUAUGCUGAAAGAGUGGCUAGUCAGACGAAGGGAUAAUCCAUAUCCUACACGCGAAGAAAAGAAACUAUUGGCCCAAGAAACUGGGUUGACUUACACACAGAUUUGUAAUUGGUUUGCAAAUUGGCGACGAAAAUUGAAGAACUCAAAGCGGGAACCGAGCAAGAAAUCUUGGGGACAUUUAAUAAAAAAUUACAACACCAAUGCCAAAGGAAAUGUUGAGCAAUUCAGCAUCUGCUCAAACGAUAGUAUUUGGGGAGAUGACGAACAUAGUUCACAAUUGUCCGACUCUGGAUCUUAUUCCUGCAGCAAUCUGGAACCACCCGAAAGGCAAAAUGAAUAUUCAACCGCUUAUAGUAAUAGCAACAUGGAGUUUUGUAAUCACAGAGUUUCGGAACAAAAUGGCCAAUACCUGAAUGAAUUCUAUGCGGAUAGCGGAGGUAGUUGUUCAGGACCAGGACCUCAUUAUUAUGCAUGGACUUCCCAGCCACAAUGCUUCCAAAUAAGCUCAACUACUGAUGAAAAAUUCUCAGUAAUGGAUGAAGAAUCCCUGAAAUAUCAGCAAAACCCUUCCAGCAAUCCUAAAUAUAAGCAGCAAAUAAUGGAGAAAUACUUACGCGAUACCAAUCAAGGAACGUCAAUAUCACCCAGCCCCGAACUUUCGAAGUGGUUAGAAAGCGCUGCAAAUUUCACGCCCAACAAGCAUAACUACAUAGAUUGGAAUUCCAAUAGACCGAAACCCGAGAAACACCGCUCAAAAUCAUCACAAGACUACACACAUUCAAUUGCUACAAUUCACCAAAAGGAAGAGUUAGAUGCUGCUGAAGCGUUGGCGACCUUGGCAUGCAACUAUAGGCAGAGGCUAUUGAACUCUACCGCCUAACACUUCUGAAAGACCAUAACGAUAUCCUUCGCACGACUGGAAAACAAGGUGCUGACUGUCAGGGAAUAUAUACUUGCAACGCUAGCGGUUACAUUUAUUUAUGUUUAUUUUUAUUUUUGUUACUCAGUUUUAUAGGACCUUUGAAAAAGGCAUUCCAC